CAACCUUCUCCGACCUAACCACCACAGCCGCUCCUCCUGAACACUACCAACGCUUCCCAACAUCCUCAACUCUCAGCCCGCUAUCCAUCGGCUUUCAAAGUCACCGUCAUUAGACACACCGGACACCCCAGAAGUCCCCUUCAAGCGCAACCGUGGCAAACCUAACCAAUGGCGAAACAUACUUCCAAACCCUACUCUAGUAAUAGUAGUAGUAAUUCUCACGCCGCCGCCAUGAAUUACGAAGACAACACCCACUCCAACAUCCGCGCCAGCUGCUACGUCGUCGACGCCGCCACUACCGCGCUUCAAGGAUACCACUACUCCACUACGGGGGCUGGCGGGGUCGAUUGGCGUUCCUGAGGUGAGCUCGGGAAUGCCAUCACCACCGCAGAGUCCCCCCCUCGCCGCCUACAACAGUCACGCCACCAAGCGCCCCGCUUCGAACAACGGGAGUCGCAGUGGCAGGGCGCGCAGAGGGGGGGCUGCAUACACCAUCACGGAGGAGUGUGAGAGACUCUUCUGCGAGACACUGAAGGCUGUUUUCCUGGGUGAGGGGAACGCGGCCGUUCAGGACUCGCUUGUGGCGGGUGUGCAAAACUACAACAACAUCACCACUACUACCAGCAACUUUGGCUCCGAUCCCAACGCCCACGCGCGCUAUGCGUACCGGACGCGUGGUCUGCCGUCACCUGAAAUGGAUGGCUUUGGCGGGAGCCAAGGGCUGGUAACCGAGUGGGUGGAAAUGUUCGACUACGUUGGGGGCAUCCGGUUUCGAGGGUUUGUGGCGGAGAAGGACGGGGAGAGAGCUAUGUUCGUUUUCUUCGACAAUCAGGUCGUUGGAAACGAUCUCAAGCCUGGCUUGAUGGCCCUCCUCGAACUCUGCGACAUCCCUUCGUUCGAAUGCUCCCAGCUCGUCGUCUGCCUGGACCGACACACCGAAUCCCACGCCAUGAGCGCUCUUUCGAGGGACCUUGGCUGGGUUGGGUUCAGCCUGACGACGCUCGACGGCUGGACCAAUGGGGACGAGAUUACCAGUGAUUCCUGGAUUUUCAUGGGCAUGGACGUCUAGUGUGAUUCCUUUCUGUCUCCGCUUUUGUCGCUAGGCACUUGUUUUAACUUUCAAGUUUAGCUUAGAGUCCUGCGUCUGUCUUUUCGAUCGCUUGUAGUGAAAAAAAACGGUUCCUAGGCUUCGUAUGGUAGUUAUACGGAUAUUUAAAGGUCAAUUAUGAGCCUUCAACCUACCAUGCAACUUCACGUGUACCCUCAGACCCGACGGGCUUCUUGUGCAGCCUCGCUUUGCAGUGCUCUUGAUCUUGUGGAAUCGUGUACUGGGAUACAGACGCUGUAGGCAUCCACAGCCACCUGACUAUGCAUGUUCUUUAGCGCCGCUGCUUCUGAUGUUGCGGAGCUGUUGGUUCGAUAAACAGCGAGUGUCUCAAUUGUACAGAGUAUAGAACAUCAGGGUAGUAG